AUGUCUGCUCUUGUCGGUGCCGUCAAAUUACUUUCUAACCCCGAUGUUGAUAAGGUAGUCCUAAUCAAAUUUAUCUUUCGUCAGAUCAAAGCUCAAAUUAGGGUGCUUGGUUAUCGAAAGGUCGCAUCCAUUCUCCUUGGAUUGUUAAUGGUGGGCGUGUCGUCGUUCAUCAAGAUCCCUCAAAUUCGCAAGAUCUUGAAGCCGCCAACUGCUGACCAAAGAAUUAGGUUAGCAGAGGGUCUUUCCAAGGAUUCUGUGAGAUUGGAGACUUUGGCACAGUUCAUCCAUGUGACAUUCAACAAGCAGCAGGGAAAUGCGUUUCUCAACUAUGGCGAAUCCUUGUUGCUCGGCAUCCAGAACAUUGGUCUUCUUGCCAUUUUGGAAUACUACCGCAUGAGAAAGGAGCUUCGUGAGUGGAGCAGCUUGCCUAAGGAUGCACAGCAGAAAGAGGCAUUAAAGGCCACUAUCAAGCCUAUUGCAGGUGUCAUUGCUGCUGUAAUUUUCCUCACAAAGAUUGCUCCAAAGCCAUUGAUUGCGGCUUUGCAGGUUCUUAUCAUUCCAAUUGGAAUUGCUGCCAAGAUUCCCCAGAUUCGGAGAAAUGAGGAGAUCAAGUCCACAGCACAUUUGUCGGAGGUGACCAUUGGUGCCAAUGUGAUUGGAUCUUUGAUUCGCGUGUACACCACUCUUACAAACUUCAAGCCAGGCAAGAGAGACAGUGUUUUACUUGCGGGAUACCUGACUUCGUUUGCAUUGAAUGCUGUGCUUGCGGGACAGAUAUACAAGUAUGGAAAGACCGAUAAGAAGGAUUAG